CCAGAUCGCAGUUGAAGGGAAAGCAGAGGAAAUAGAGAGAGAUAAAGUGAGAGAGGACGAGAGGAGAGAGAUUCUGGGGAUCCUGAGGCGUUUAACGACCUGUUAGUCACAGUUUUCCAGAGAAUAGUUGAAGUCUUAGAAAGGCAGAUAGAGUACCUAGAGAACUAGAACCUACAUCUACAUCUAUUUAGGGCAGCUCCAACUCUCUAAAAAACAGGGAGAAAAGCUGGAGCAAAACAGACUGGAGUAAGAAAAUAACAUUUAUGCUAAAAACAGAACUACAAAUCUGAGAGAGAAAAAUAAUGAAAGAGAGAAUGAGAGUUUAAUUAUCUAAUGCAACACAAGCACAUUCACAAAGAGGGAAGAGAAACAACUUCUCAAAUGGUCAUAAUUCACAGGGACUAAGGAUUGAAGAGGGAAACCGAUGCUAUGACGGCCAACUUCCCCGCCAACGUCACAGCUUUUCCCUUUCCCAAGUCCUCCCACUCACUCGUCGCCACAGAGACUACCUUCAAGAACUUCUUGACCGCAAUAACCUCUGACCCCAGGGAACACUGUCAACUUGAUGACAGCUCCCUCCAGAUCCCUCUAGCAGUCCUCUACUCUGUCCUCUUCGUCUUGGGCCUGGCCGGCAACAUACUGGCUCUCUGGGUCUUUCUGUACGUCCACUCCAAGAAGAACUCUAUCCGAGUGUUCCUCAUCAACGUAGCGUUAGCCGACCUGCUACUGGUCGCCUGUCUCCCAUUCAGAGUGCUCUACCACAGUAAAGGGAACCACUGGGAUAUGGGCCCCACACUCUGUAAGGUCGUGGGAAACCUAUUUUAUAUGAACAUGUACAUCAGUAUCACCUUAUUAGGGUUGAUCAGUGUGGAUCGCUAUCUGAAGAUCCAACGUGGCGCUGGGGAGCAGUAUCGCCUCCAGGACACCAGAUGGAGUUCCGCCGUCUGUGGGACCAUCUGGAUCCUGGCCCUCGCCUCAGUCAUACCCAUGAUCCUCCUCUCCGAGGGCAACGAGGAGUCAAACAAGUGUUUCCAGUAUAAACAGAGAAAGCGUGUGAAGGGGAAGGCCUAUUUCAACCUCUUCCUGGUUGCCAUGUUCUGGUUCGUGUUCGUCUGCCUCGUGGUGUCUUAUGGGAAAAUCGCACUCAAGCUGCUGAGGAUGUCGAGAGAGAAACCGGACCUCCCCAACGCGACCCACUACAACCGUAUCGCCAGGAAGUCCUUCUUCGUCCUCUUCCUGUUUACCAUCUGCUUCGUCCCCUAUCACAUGGUCCGGGUGUUCUACGUAGUCUCCCAGAUCAGCAAAACUUCCUGCUCCUGGACGGGCAUGGUAGACCAAGCCAACGAAGUGGUGUUGCUACUCUCUGCCCUCAACAGUUGCCUGGACCCCGUGAUGUACUUCCAGUUGUCGGCGUCUGUGAGGAAAGAGACACUCCGAUUGGUCAAUAACGUGUUCCAACAGAGGGACUCAGGUGGCAGUGGGAGUGGAUCCAGUGUGGAUUGUGGGAGAAGCCUUGGGGAGCAGCCAACCGUUAGUUUAUUCAGUAAUCUAAGAACAAAUAUAACUGUCCAGCCCUCCCUCCUUCAGAUAUAAAUA